AUGCCCACGUGUCCGGUCAACAUGGCGUAUGGAUUGGGAGUCGUUUUCGUGAUCCUAUGGCUGCUGCAGAUUGCGCAUACGCAGCGUGGGUCGGCCGGACACAUCGAGUUUUACAACGAUUACGGCAAAAAUCAUGAUGACGAAAGGCUGCACUACUCGCAUCAGUAUCACAUUUCCGAUGUGGGCAGCCAGGUGCACAUCCUCCACCAAGAGCAGCGGCAGGGAGACCACGUAUCCGGAUCUUAUUCCCACCUGGAGCCCAAUGGACACAUCCGCAGUGUGCACUACGAGGUGCGAGGACCCAGGCGGGGAUUCAAGGCAGUCGUUGAGCAGCGAACCGGGAACAGUCGGGUGCAUCAGGCCCUGGAAUUCCGGAGCAGGCAACCGAUCCGGGCUCUGGCCAUCGCCGAGCCUGUGGCAUUUGUGAUUUAA